GUAUAUUUUCUUGAAGAAUAACAAACAUCACUAUGGCGCCAAAUCUUUGUGAAACAUGUCAAAAGUUCAAUCUUCGCAAACUCUUCCUGGAUUCCGCCGCACAAAACGCGACGUCGACCAGGGGUGCUAUAAGUGGAUAUCAAAACAUCGACCUGCAGGUACGACCCGGCAUACCGGAAUUUCACAAACACCAUAGCAGCACCGCUGCUUUAAAGACGUCCUCGGAAUUGGGAUGUGAAUUUUGUAGCUUGAUAUGGAAAACCAAGCCGAAGAAAGAGCAAGAUGUCAUUGUUGAUCAUUGGCUCGAUGAGACUGGUCAAGGCCAGAUUUUCGUUGGGACGGGAAGUUCUAGUGUCGCAAAACGUGAAAGUCCAUAUAUUGUAGUGUCCCAGAGGCCUGCAAACAGUUUUCCACGGAACCUAUGUAAUUUUGAGGUUUUUGCAGCUGCAGGUAGGCUUGAUUUGAGUUUAAAAUUGUUUUGAUUGUUUGAAGGUUACUGAAUUGUUUAUAUCAGACAGCAUUGCACGUCAGGAAAGCUCUUUUAUUGGAAGGCCAAUAUCUGCUCAAUCUGAUUCUGCUGAGUGCUACAGACUGGCUAAGGAAUGGUUGAGGAUUUGCUCAAAAGAUCAUCAGGAUUGUGGCCCCAUCAAAACUCGAUGUCCUACACGCCUCAUCAAUGUAGGCUCUACAGACUCUAAUCCGUUUCUGGACGACAAUCCCGAUCGUGGUGACUGCGAAUGGGUAGCACUUAGCUAUUUGUGGGGUGGAAAUGGUUACCUGAAAUUGGAAGAGCCAACGUAUCAAAGCCUCAAGAGUGGUAUUCCCGUAGAAGACUUCCCGGCUACUCUGCGAGAUGGGGUUUUGACCACACGAGAAAUUGGUCUAAAAUACGUUUGGAUCGAUGCUUUGUGCAUCCGUCAAGACAGCAAAGAUGAUUGGAAGGCCGAGGCAGGGCGCAUGAGAGAUAUCUACGCAGGUGCGACACUCACAAUCGUCGCUGCGAAUUCCAAUUCGACAAGCGCCGGAAUACAUUUUCCUCGUCCAGAAAAUGUUUGCGGAGCUGCACAAUGUUCAUUACCUUGGGAUUCUGAAACAAGCGUCUCACUUCGCUUGGUGUCCCAUAUAUCUCGUCAGGAUGCUAAGUCUAGUUCGUGGUACACUCGGGGAUGGACAUUCCAAGAAGGGUUGUUGUCACCACGAGUAUUAUCGUAUGGCAGAGAUCAGAUGAUAUGGGAAUGUGCAUAUCGUACUGAGGAUGAAAGUGGCCGUGUCGGGCUUUUGGACCAAAAAUACGACAGCAAAGAUCUUUUACACAAGUUACGAAAGAAGCAAGCAAAUAGAAUGAGUCGCGCCAUGCAAUCUUUGACUUUGCAAACCUACACAUUUCUUUCCGAAGUUGACAAUCAAAGAGCCAAAUUAGGCUUUCCUCCUAAAAGAAUUUCGACCAGCGGAGUCAAUAUACAAGAAAGCUGGGGCAUGGAUCCAUAUGUGAGAUGGUCUGAAAUGGUUGAACAAUUCUCAAUCAGGGAUUUGACAUUUAAGUCAGAUGUUUUACCUGCUCUCGCUGGUAUUGCGCGUGAAGUUUCGAUGAUUACAAAAGAUACCUACCUUGCUGGGAUGUGGAAAUCCUACAUACUUGCCACUCUACUUUGGAGCAGACAAGCAUUGAGGAGAUAUACCAGAAUAUCCGGGACCGAAAUUGACCUCCAAUUCUAUACACAUAUUGAUUGGAAGAAACGUGAGACUUAUUUAGCUCCUUCGUGGUCCUGGGCAAGCCUCAAUGCCGGAAGAGCACUAUUGCAUCCGUACCCAUUCGCGGAUGCUACCGUACAUCACUUAGCUGCCUUGGUCGACGUUCAACUUCAUCAUUCAGGAACGGAUAUAUUUGGCCCCCUUGAGCCAGGUAGUGCGUUAAUCAUGAAAGGAAUUUUAUUUCCAAUCCACAACUUGGCGAAAAAUUACUGGAGAUUUUCUGACCCUCCUGAGCCGCUUCCAAAAUUUCGCGAGAGAUUUGGUACCGACAGCCUUGAAAGUAUUCAUUCCGAGACAUGGCCUGCACUGAAAGAGUACAUCCAAGAAUGGAUAAACGACGCUGGCCAUGCGAGUUUCGAAUUCGAACAGCAACAUAUUCCACAUUCAAACCAAAAAUUCGGUGCAUUCCUCCUUGCUCACAUCGAAGGCGUUGCUGAUGGAGUAGAUAGUAGUUUCCCCCUAGUCAGUAAUCUAGCAUUUCUUCUCGUCGAAUCGACAGGAAAUGUUGGCAACGAGUACCGCAGAGUCGGUGCUAUGAAUAUUCAUCGAUCUAACGUAUAUUCAAGUACCAGCGAAGCCAUCAAGACAUUUUCUGAGGCAAAAAAGGCGGAAAAAAGAGGCGAAUAUUCCUGGACAGUAGCAUCUGUCUCUCCAAUGGAUGAACUCAUCACAAAGUUAUGGCAAGAAAAGCCAAAAGAAUUCCCAAACCGAACGACGAUCCGUUUGGUAUGAAGAAUUGGUUUCCCCAGUUGUCUUCCCAAAUCAUCUUUUCCAGAUCCCUUCUAGGUCGCCUAAAACCAAGUAAGCGAGCGCUAUUGAUAGUUUCCCAGGAUAUUAAUUAAUUGUGGCAAUGCUACGGCACGAGACUCUAGGAUACUAUGGAUACUAUGGAUACCCCCGAAUAGAUAACCCCAGUCGGAUGAAUACAAUGGAGAUCUAUAAUACUAG